AUGUCACAACCUCGCCGACCCACUGAAGAGGCACUCGACGACUCGGACGGCUACGAACUUCAAAUUGCUCUCGAUCAGCUUUCUGCUGGCUCAACUGAGGCCCUAAAGCUUUAUCUUGCCCGUAAAAACGGCCUUGACCCUACCACAGUAUCGCUGCGAACAACGCCAUGGGAGGCAAAGAUUGAUGGGGCUACUAAUCUGUCUUACGCCGGCAAGCUAGACAAUACGCGAGCGCCAGAUGAUGAGAACGGUCCCAUGAUCGAUGAAGCUUGGGAACCUCCGCACGUUGUCCUUGAGGACACAGAAAUACCUUUUAACUAUGUGCCUCUGGACCCGGAACUUCGGCAAUUUCGCUUACUGAAACUUGCGCCUCCAGAUGAGCAUGGCAUCAUCCGCCAUCUUCAAUUGGAGACGUUCAGCCUUGACGAUGCACCGUCCUACUUUUGUCUUUCGUAUGUAUGGGGAGAUCCGGAACGCUUCCUUGAAGUCAACUGCAAUGGGCAGAUGAUUUUGGUAACACAAAACCUUUUCCACGCCGUGCAAACGUGCUUCAAUAGGCAUCCCAAAUCUUGGCUGUGGGCAGAUGGGGUUUGCGUCAACCAAGAGGACAUUGCCGAGCGCAGCCAACAGGUUCUGCUUAUGGGUAAUAUUUACCAAGAAGCCGCAAUGAUACUUGCACACCCUGGGCAUUAUUCAUACGGGCGUACGGAGUCAGAGGAGCAAGAUAUCGCGAUGACGGUGCUCAAAGACCGUUUGGAGGGCCUCGGUAUGCAAGACAUGAUGAGCUUUGGGGAUGAGAUCCCUGUUGAAGGAAACGUUCCCACCAAUGCUGAAAACCCUUCUGAUUUAGCUAACUUCACUCUCGGACCUGUGGACGACGCCUACGACCCCAAAAACGUCCAGGGAGCCAUCAGCAUCAUGACGUACCUGACGCGAAUUUGGGAUGAUCAGCGGCGGGAUAAGGUUAUGUCUGACUUGCAAUGGAAGGAAACCAGCCUUCCCGAUCCGCAUACUGAGAGCGGACGUGAGGUGUGGGAAAACUUGGUACGAUUUUGGACCACAGAUUGGUAUUUCCGCACCUGGGUGCUGCAAGAAGUGAUCCUCGGAACCAAGGUCGUGGUACUUUACGGUUCAACUGCAAUCAGCUUGGACGCAAUCACGGAAUUCUGGGACCUUGCGAAACAUCGUGGCCUUCCGCGACCGCUUCGGAUUGGCCCAUAUGCGGACAUCUUUAACACGAUCUUGCAUCUGAGUCCUGUUGGUUCUUUCAAGCUCCUUCGGGAUCGGCAAAAGGCAUUGGCCCGAACAGCAAGGAACUUUCAAAAAGAUGACGUUAUGACCUCUGACGCCAAGGGCCAUGAUGGAGACAACAUAACUGAAAAUCUUGGGAAAGACAGCGACGAUGGAAGCCUCGGCGGUGCAGCACUGCAAUCGUCCAGUCUUCUCGAGUUACUAUGUUUAACUAGAAACAAUCUUGCCACAGACCCGCGAGACAAGAUCUAUGGGCUUCUCGGUCUCACCGACGACGCUGUUUCUCGAACAAUCAUUCCCGACUACAGCAGGCACAACACCCCCGCCAAAGUUUUUGCCGAAGUUGCUGCUCAGAUAGUGGAGUUUGGUCAUGCUACUGACCUGUUGCACCACGCAGGCAUAGACCAAGACGUCCAGGGUCUCCCCUCGUGGGCACCCGACUGGACGAUGCAGUCUCGCUCCCGGCUACCGGUGCACUUGUAUAACUGUUUGCCUAGCACGAACCCCACAAUUUCCAUCCUGAAAUCGGACGGGAAGCCCAAAUUGGCAUUACGAGGAGCCAUUCUGGCCCAAAUCAACGCACCUGGACCAGCUUGGAGAUACUACUCACACGACAGCUCGUUGAUGCCCUUCAACAACUUCGAAAAUGCACCGGAAACAGAGAUUCCACCUUUCAACGACGAGGAUGCCAGGAAUUUCAUUUUCGCAUUUUUGUCAUGUGCUGCCGAAGGGGAUUUGGAGAGGCGUUACAGUGCAGAGGGUCUCAACAAUGCGCUGGUCCGAACUUUGGCUGUAGACUGUUCCUGGCAAAAUGAAAGGCUCGGAAAACGGGGUAAUUCAACAAACGCAGACAGGGUACAACAAUCUAGCCCUACUGUUGAGGGGAGCAAGGAAUCAGCUACGUCUGCGUCACCGUCAGAUGAGUUCUUUGCUGGUGUAGACGCCUUUCGACGUUUCUACGCUCGCGGCCCGGAAUCGGAAGAAGACUUCGAAAAGCCGGGAGUCCGUGUUCACCAGACGGGCAUCUUCCAGUGGCUUCUUGACUUCGAUGAAGAGACUGAAGCUGACUUGCAAAAGCGUAUGGUACCUUUCACGGCACCAUUUCAAGAAGCCCAGCGUGGACGAAGAUGGGCUGCCAUGGGUACUAGAGGCCCCAAAACAAAGGACGACUUGGCCCAGGACGCUGAGAAAAAGAAGGAAACCCCUUCGAGAAGAUUCUAUAGCACGAAGGUUCUGAAAGACUAUUACAUGGGCACUGUACCAUGGGAUGCAGAGACAGAAGACUAUGUGGUUUUGUUCGAGGGGUUUAGGACGCCAUUCGUUUUGCGCCAGUCCAAAGAGGAGACCGCGAAUGACGGAGGAGCAGUAUUUAAGCUGGUCGGAGAUUGCUACAUUCACAAUGCUAUGGACGGCCAAUUGAUGGCGUGGGCAGACGACUUAGAGGGAAACCUGGAUCCUGGUCAGGUGGGAGUCAAUGAUGAAGGAAGGAAGUACGUUGUACAACACCCAGAAGGAUACGCCUUGUUCGAGGACUUCAUAAUUGCUUGA